AUGGGUCACGGUGGAAUGAGUUGUGGAAUGAAGACAAUGCGUUUUUUGAUUGUAGUGUUGAAUUUGAUCUUUUUUUUAAUUGGUCUUGCGUUAUUAGCGGUUGGAAUUUAUAUUAUGGUUGACCCAUCACUUAAAAAAAUAAAAGAAAUUUUUCCAAUUAAUUCUAAUCCUGGAGUCGAAACAGGUUUAUCAUAUCUUGAAGUUAUGGCAAUUGUUAUUAUUAUUCUUGGUUCUAUUCUUUUAAUUAUUGGAUUUCUUGGAUGUUGUGGUGCUGUGAAACAAGUGAAAUAUGCUAUUAUUAUUGGAAUAAUAAUACUUUUUGAAAUCGCUAUAACAAUUUAUUUUGUUGCUUUUAAAUCUAAAUUUGAAGAAACUAUUAAACCAAAAUUAAAAGAUGCAGUUCGUAGUACAUAUGAAGGUCCAUUUGGAUUACAAACUGGUAGUACUCUACCAAAACCAUCAGCAAUCUCAAUAGCUUGGGAUUUUAUUAUGUUUAAUUUUCAAUGUUGUGGUGUUUAUAAUAAAUCUGAUUUUAUUAAUGAUGUACCAAAAUGGAAUCGGACAAAUUCAUGGUGGAAUGCAUCCAUGGCAAAUAAUACUCGAAACUUUACAUACCCAAUAACAUGUUGUCCUAUUAGUUCUUUUACAGGAGAUUGGAAUAAUUUACCCUUUGAUAAAUUAGAAUCAGCUGCUUAUUGUGCUAUUAAUGGCACUAAUAUAUAUGAAGUGGGAUGUUAUGAUAAAUUUAUGAAUUUAAUUGACACUGCUAAGACAUGGAUUAUUGUGGGUGCUGUUGUCAUUCUCGUCAUUGAAUUAAUUGCAUUCAUUGUUGCUUUGGCUUUAUGUUGUCGUAAACGUAAACCGGACCAUUAUUCAUCUUAA